AUGAAUAACCCAAUUGCCUACUCCAAGACAUCCUACCUCACUCAAAUUAAGAAAGAAGUAAACCAGGAGGUACCCUUUCAGACCACCAAAAAGAACAAAAAACCACCUAAAGUAAUAGGUAAGAAAAAGCAGUGAAAGAAAAAUUGUUCUGAUGCUCAAAGAAGUCUCAUUUCGCCAAGAGUCAUCCAAAUUCCAUGCGAUAAAGGAUUUAAAGCUCGUGAAAGAAGUUGGAAUGAAGGGAAAAGUAUCGAGGAAGAAGAGAGUACUAGCAGUUUAAUAGGAUUAAAAGAAUACAAAACAACUUCAGCCCUAGAGGUUAGGAAAUCUGGCUUUCGAGUUCAAUCUCCUGCUUAUAAGAAUAAAUUAGCUCAGAAUAAAGCCAGGAAUUCGAUGCUCAGUUGCUUUACCAAUAAAGCAAACAAGUUGAUCAAGAAUAUAAAACAGGAGAGGAUGAAUUCAGAAUUUGGGAAUAGAACCAUGAGAAAUUCCAUCUCAUCGUUCAAAUUUAAAAAUUUCCUAUCUCCUAAGAAUACUGAAAGUCCUUCUUCCAGAAAUGAUGGUUUUGAGGCAUUUUCGAAUCCAUUCGAAAUGUGUUCUCCUAAAAAUUUCACCAGAAUAAAGCUGAACCAUCCGGACACCACCAAAAGGAGGACUAGGAAGGAACGUAAAACGGAUUUAAUAUCCAAUACCAAAACCUCAGACCCAUGAGUUAAGAAGGAUAUGGAAAAAUCCUUGACCAAGAACAUUGAAAGUAUCACUGUUUACAGAGGUCCAGUAUCAAAAGGGUAUGCUAUUAAUAGUAGCACCAGAUUUUCAGCACGAAAUUUGCUCAGAAAGACUAAUUCAACUGCUUCCUUAAAAUCUAACAUUGCUAAAUACUACAAUGAACCAAAGAGGAUCGAGCUGUCUCAGAAUUUCUCCUUUGGUAUACCUAAGAACCCUGCUUCAACUACAGAUCAUCACUCUAAAACUAUUUUUGGGAAAGAGAGUCUUGAGGCAAGCUUUGAUCUUCCUCCACAGAGAGUGAGGAAUAGUCAUCAGAGCGCAGUGAACUCUCCUUUUUCAAGUUCAACUUGUUCUUCGGUGAUCAGGUCGAAGGUACUAGAUAGGACUACUGUCACUACUAGUUCUACAGUUCCUGGUGGACCGUAUAAAAAGGAAUCUCAAAGCAAAUUGGCCCUUAGCAACUUGGUUAAAGGGUCAGGAAGAGGCUUAAAGAAAGAACAAAAGAAUCUCAAGAUGAAAUCAACAUCGAAGAUGACAAUUGGGGCAAAGAGUAAGAGCAAGAGGAAGCAAACAGCUUUACUUGUCAUGGUGUUGUAAGAUAAUGAAAUGCUAAGAGAUUUCGAUACUGGAGUAAUCAAAUAUACCAAAGAUUUGACAUAGCUUAUCUUCUGUUAACUUGAUUUUCUAAUAAAAGCUAUUCCUUUGGCCUAUCCCUCGCUCUAAAGUCCCAAUAAGCAAUGAGGCUUUAUUGCUGUUGGCAUUGGCUGCCAAAACUCUUCUCUGGUAAUCUAAAGAGAUGCCUGAGAUAUAGUGGAGUAAGCUCAAGGGAGAAUUUUGAAGCUGAGGGUUGAGAUUACCAGUCCAUCGAAAUCCAUAUCCAAAGUCAUGUUUAAACAUCAAUUUUCAAAUAAGAAGUU